CUUUAAAUGAUUACAGUGCAAAUUCAAUAUGGCGACUGAUCAGUUUACCGGCGAUUCUGAAAUAAGCCAUAAAAAUUCAUUCAGACCACAAAUAAUUUUAUUAUUUAGUGGCAAGAGAAAGUCUGGAAAGGAUUAUAUUACAAAUGCUUUGCACGAAAGAGUUGGAUCUGAUAAGAGUGUUAUUAUAAGAUUAUCUGGACCAAUUAAAUUUCAUUGGGCUAAGACCCGUGGUUUGAACGUUGAUGAACUUUUAGGAGAUGGUAAAUACAAAGAGAGUUAUCGCCUUGAAAUGGCAAAAUGGGGAGAAAACAUUAGGAAAGAAGAUUAUGGUUAUUUUUGUCGCGCGGCCCUAGAAAUGUAUAAUGCAUUUAGCAAACGUAUAUGGAUAGUGAGUGAUGCCCGAAGGAAAACUGAUAUACAAUGGUUUGUAGAAAAUUUUGAAGAUAUAUGUAAAACAAUUCGCAUUGAAUCAGAUGAUUUAGUUAGGAACAAACGUGGCUGGGUGUUUAGUCCAGGUAUUGACGAUUCAGAAACUGAAUGUAAUUUGGAUGAUAUAAAUACAUGGGAUUUGAAAGUGACGAAUAAUACUGAAGAUAUAAACUGUAUAUUAGAACAAAUAUUAAAACUAAUUACUUAGUAAAUGAUAUUGCAAAUGUACAAAAUAAUGUUAUAAGUAUGUAUAUAUACGUACUUGUAAACAAUGAAUUGUUUUUAAUGGGUCUAUAAAGAGGAAGGCAAUAAUAUAUGUUGUUUACAAACGGA